UCAUUCACUUUCAUACACACAUAUUGAAAGAAAGAAAGAAAUAGAGAUGGAGCAUUAUAACUUUGCCAAAAAAAUUAUGACAUUGGCUUUGGUUGCCAUCGUGUUGAGCAGUGUUAGUAUAGAGGUGUCGCAGGCACAAGGAAUAUGUAACGUGUCAGGUGAAGGAUUAAUGUCAUGCAGACCAUCAAUCACACCACCUUAUCCGACAGCGCCUACAGCCCAGUGCUGUAACGCGCUGUCCCAUGCAGACAUGGCCUGCCUUUGCUCUUACAAAAAUUCCCAGUUGUUACCUUCUCUCGGAAUUGAUCCUAAUCUCGCAAUUCAGCUCCCUCAGAAAUGCAGACUACCUAAUCCUCCCCGUUGCUAAAUUAAAGCAGAGAUCAUGAAAAGUUACUUGAAUAAGCUCGCUAUGAGAACUGAUGAGGAGCUAGCUCCCCCCAUUUUACUAUACUUGUAUCAACAUGUGUUGUGUGUAUUUUGAGCUUUAUUUGUCCUAUAUGUUUUUACUUAAUGGUUGUAUUUGUAAUUCAGUUGUUUGUCUAAGUUUUCUU